GAACCACACCAAUUGUAUCAAGAGAAAGGAGAGGGAGAGGAAGUAGAGUGGGCUUCUUUUUCUUCCUUUUGAGGGGGAAGAUUUUCGCUUGCUCUUGGUCCUCCUCUUGAGCUCAUCUUGCCUUCUUCCAAGCUAGUCUCAAAGACUAUUUUUGGAGAUUGAGAGAUGGCAGGCCAUUGGGCUUUCAUUGUUGGAAUCAUAGGCAAUGUCAGCUCCUUCCUGGUCUAUCUUGCCCCGGUGCCUACAUUCUAUCAAGUAUAUCGAAAGAGAACGACAGGAGGAUUCCAAUCAGUGCCUUACUCAGUUGCACUGUUCAGUGCGAUGCUUUGGAUCUUUUAUGCAUUUGUAAAGACUAAUUCCAUCCUUCUAAUUACCAUUAAUUCGACUGGGUGUGCCAUUGAGAUGAUAUACAUCAUCAUGUACCUUGUCUAUGCCCCGAGAUCUGCUAGGAUCUUCACUGCUAAAAUAAUCUUGCUCUUGAAUGUGGGAUUGUUUUCCUUGAUCCUACUCUCCACUCUUCUGCUGUCAAAAGGCUCCAAACGUGUGAAAGUUCUUGGCUGGAUCUGCAUGUGCUUCUCAGCUUCCGUUUUCGCUGCUCCUUUGAGCAUCAUUAGGCAAGUUGUUCGCACAAGAAGCGUAGAAUACAUGCCAUUCACGCUGUCGCUCUUCCUAACCAUAAGCGCAGUAGCAUGGUUUGGCUACGGUCUGCUCACAAACGACUUCUAUGUCAUGUUUCCAAACGUUCUGGGAUUCGCCUUUGGUGCCGUCCAAAUGUUGCUCUACGUAGUCUACAAGUACAUGGUCAAGAAGGUCGUCGUAGAGCCUGCCGUGCUCGAGCACAUAGUCGCCAUCGACGUACAAAAGGCUGGAGUCGAGCUGCAGGUGCCCGCAGAGGCGAUCAGCGACAGCAAGGAAGCCGUAAAAGCAAAUGAGGAGACCAAUGGUCGCGACAAGGGCAAGAAAGGGGAGGAGGAUGGGCUUGAGAUAAGCCCCGCCUGAGUCUUGGUGCUGGCUGGAGCUGCGAUGGAGAGAGGUUCCCCUUCGUAGUGAAGCACCUCAUGCAUGGUUUCACUUCACUGGGGACUUCAUGGCCUCCUUAGAUAGUCUUAUCUAAACAGAGAGAGAGAGAGAGAGAGAGUUAGAGAGAGGAAAACACCGUCUUUUACUUUCUACAUAUAUCCCUUCUUCUUCUCCCUCUCCAUCUUUAGUUCUAGGUUCUAGUCAUAAGUGCUUUUACGCUUUGGGAAAAAAACCAAAAGCUUGACGCUUUUAUGCAUUCCUUUGGGCAUUAACGAUGUAAUUUUCCUUCAAAGACUUGUUCUCAGUAAAAUCUCCCACCAUGAUACUUCUGCUC